AGAGAGGAAGUCCAAUGAAGAAAGAAUAAAAGCCACCCACCUCUUCCCCUCCACUCCAUCCAUCUCCCCUUCUCUCCUCCUCCCUCUCCUCCUCCGCACCCAUCGCCGACGACGGCGAGGCCUCGCCGCCGCAACCUCCUCCUCCUCCUCCUAUCAAUUCUCCAUUCCUCGCCGCAGCCACAACGUAAGCUCGCUCGCUCGCUCGCUCGCGCGCGCGCCUUGGGAAAGAAGAAGAGAGCAGAGCAGGCCAAGAACCUGUGGCUGGGCCAUGUCCGGCGUGCGGGUGGCGGCGAAGGCGCCUGCGGCGGCGGCGGCGUGGCCGUACGUGGAGUACAUGGCGCGGUGGGAGCGGCAGGUGGAGCGGAGGCAGCUGUUCCUGCGGAGCUACCACUUCUCGCGCGACGUCGAGCUCUCGCCGCGGGCGCGGGCGCGGCGCGUCGUCUGGGUCGGGCUCCGCAGGCUCCGCCGCGCCGCGGCCACGGGGCUCCGGCGGCUGCGCGCGCGCCUCCGCCUCUGCUUCGCCUGGGUCUCCCGCCGCCGGAACAUCCACCGCCGCGGCGCCCGCUUCGGCCGCUACGGCCGCCUCUCCGGCGGCGCCGCCCACGCCCCGGCGCCCGCCGCGUCGUCGUCCGUGUGCUUCUGGUAGGAGCUCGAAGCUGCAAAGCAUCGAUCAAGCAAGAAAGGCAAAGCUAGGUUGGGUUAAUUGGCGUCUCAAACAAGAAGGCAAUCUAAGCUCAUUGCUGCUUGGAUAAAAAAGUAAAAAUUAGCCGGUAAAAUGUUAGUAACUUGUAGUGUAAUUCCAUGGAGUCAGUUCUUUAUUACUGCUUCACUAGAGAGGAUAAACUGGGUGUUUAUUACCUAAGGGGAUUGUUUAUGUUCAGUGUUUUUUCGUUCUUUUCUUUCUUUUACUUUUAAUGGUGAAUCUACACUCUACUACUCUGCCGGUCUGCCCCAAUGGAUGAACGAGCUGUGUAUUUUGCUCAACUUUUUUUUUCUGCAUUUCUACCUGCUCCUCUGUUCUUCAGGUCGCUUGAUUUGACCUCUAUGUUCGCUUCUUUCUUUCUUAAAAAUUGACAUGUAAAUAAAAUCAGGGUUGUGUACA